GCGACGCGAGCAGGAGAGGGCGGGGGUCGUGAGCGUGUCUCGGCGUUGGCGGGGGCGGUGUGGGAAGGUGUCAUGGCUGCCGCUACAGAUCUUAGUUACUCUAGCAGCAGUGACAGGACCCUGGAGCAAAACUGCAGCCCCAGCCUCUCCCGGGAGUUGCUCUGCGAAGUCCUUCGCUCUCUGCACACGUUGGCUGGACAGCUGAAACUCAGAGAUGAUGUGGUGAAGAUUACAAUCGAUUGGAACAAGCUCCAGAACCUCUCGGCAUUCCAGCCUGCAGUGCUCUUCAGUGCACUUGAGCAACACAUUUUAUUUUUACAGCCUUUUUUAGCAAAACUUCAGCCUCUGAUCAAAGAGGAGAAUGUAACUGCUGUUGAAGAGACAGGAAAAACAGAAACGGGGAACAGGAGUGAAGUAAAUGCCAGAAAUCCCACUGGCGACCAGCAAGAGGAGGAGAAGCACAAAGGUGGUGAUUUAGGAGACACGAAAAAGACACAGAUCCAUUUUGACCCAGAAGUCGUUCAGAUCAAAGCUGGAAAAGCAGAAAUUGACCGUCGGAUAUCUGCAUUUAUUGAGAGAAAGCAAGCUGAAAUCAAUGAAAACAACGUCAGGGAAUUUUGCAAUGUUAUUGAUUGUAAUCAAGAAAAUAGUUGUGCAAGGACUGACGCUGUUUUCACCCCUUACCCUGGGUUUAAAAGUCACGUGAAGGUUUCUAGAGUUGUGAAUACAUAUGGACCACAGACAAGAACUGAAGGGAUUCAAGGGUCAGGUCACAAAGGCAAGAGCAUGCUGCGAGAUUGUGGUAAUCAGGCUGUAGAAGAACGACUACAAAAUAUUGAGGCUCACUUGCGAUUGCAGACAGGUGGUCCGGUACCAAGAGAUAUCUAUCAGAGGAUUAAAAAACUUGAAGAUAAGAUACUGGAAUUGGAAGGUAUCUCUCCAGAAUACUUUCAGUCUGUGAACUUUUCUGGAAAAAGAAGAAAAGUUCAGCCACCUCAACAGAACUAUUCACUGGCUGAACUUGAUGAGAAAAUUAGUGCCCUAAGACAAGCCUUGCUAAGAAAAUCAAGAGAAGCAGAUUCCAUGGCAACUCACCACCUUCCAUGAAAAACUCCUUGUCUUUAUAUACGUGAAACAGCCUGUGACUGAUGAAACAGAUCUGUAUUCAUCAAAGUAGACUUCUGUAAAGUCAAGAUUUUCAUGAGUCCAGCUUGCAGCACAUAACCUUAGAUAUUCCAGUGAAUUUAAAAUAACAAAUGCAUUAAAAGUAGCAUUGUUGGAAUUUACUCCUUCUGUUUUAAAGGAGGUAUUUUGAGAUUAUAGAACUUAAUUUGAAAGCACUUUGUGUCUGUGCCACAGAAAGAAUUUUGUAUUUGUUAAUGUUCAUGUUAAGUAGUUACUAGUUUAAAUCAGUACUUCGCACAUAAUAGACAUUUAGCAAAAGCUUGUUAACUAAAGUGAAUUUUAAAUGUAUGCAAGAACUUGUUUUAAAACAUUGUCAGAUAUCACCAUUAAUGUAAAUAAACAAAUGGAUCCAAUUUUAACUCUG